GACAAAAGCAAGAGGACUGUUAGGGCAAAGAAAGAGAUCCAGAUUUUUUGUCUGAACCCUGGAGGCAGGGGUGCCUUUGCCGAGCUGCGGGGAACCGCGGACACGAAUCAAGGAUUGCUCUUGGGAAAUCAUCUCCUUGUGCACCUUAAACUUACAAAACUUCACGCGUCAGUUGUAUCCCCACAAAAUUGGCUCGGGGCCAUGGCGGCGGCCGAGCCCAAGACCCCCGCGGGGACGGCCGCGGCCCGACGCCUGGCCCGGAGCUGCUGGUCCGCGUUCUGGGACUACGAGACGCCCAAGGUGAUCGUGGUGAAGAACCGGCGCCUGGGCAUCGUGUACCGCACGGUGCAGCUGCUCAUUCUGCUCUACUUCGUGUGGUACGUGUUCAUCGUGCAAAAGAGCUACCAGGACAGGGAGACGGGCCCCGAGAGCUCCGUCAUCACCAAGGUCAAGGGCAUCACUUCGUCCGAGAACAAAGUGUGGGACGUGGAGGAGUACGUGAAACCCCCCGAGGGGGGCAGCGUGUUCAGCAUCAUCACCAGGAUCGAGGUCACCCCCUUCCAGACCCUCGGAACCUGCGCCGAGAGUAUGAGGGUCAGAAACGCCACGUGCGACUCGGACGAGGACUGCGUGGCUGGGCAGCUGGACAUGCUGGGGAACGGCCUGCGGACCGGGCGCUGCGUGCCUUAUUACCACGGGUCCUCCAAGACCUGCGAGGUGUCCGCCUGGUGCCCGGUGGAGGACGGGGCCUCAGUCAGCCAGUUUCUCGGUAAGAUGGCCCCCAAUUUCACCAUCCUCAUCAAGAACAGCAUCCACUACCCCAAAUUCCAGUUCUCCAAGGGCAACAUCGAGAACCGGAAGGAUGGCUACCUGAAACACUGCACAUUCCAUGAGGUCUCUGACCUCUACUGCCCCAUCUUCAAGCUGGGCUACAUCGUGGAGCAGGCAGGGGAGAACUUCACGCAGCUGGCAGUCUCGGGUGGUGUAAUUGGGGUCAUUAUCAACUGGGACUGUGACCUGGACCUGUCGGCGUCAAAGUGCAACCCCAAAUACUCCUUCCGGAGGCUCGACCCCAAGCAUGUCCCAGCCUCAUCUGGCUACAACUUCAGGUUCGCCAAGUAUUACAAAGUAAACGGUACCACCACCCGCACACUCAUCAAAGCCUACGGGAUCCGAAUUGACGUCAUCGUGCACGGACAGGGCUCCUUCCUGUGCGACUGGAUCUUGCUAACGUUCAUGAACAAAAACAAGGUCUACAGCCAUAAGAAAUUUGACAAGGUGUGUACUCCAGGGCCUUCCUCAGGCAGCUGGCCUGUGACCCUGGCCCUUGUUUUGGGCCAGGGCCCUCCCCCACCCUAUCCCUGCUCCGCAGACCCAGGCCAGGCUGGCCAACCGCAAGGUGAGGGGCAGAGCCAGGCCUGGGCUGUCCCACCCCCAUUGCCUUGCCCCACCUCUGCCCCGUCUGAGCAGAUGGUGGAUGCUCCCAAGCGGGGUGCAGGACCAGGGCUUGGCACCUCUGAGCCUUCCCAACAGGACUGCGCUCUCACAGACGCCCGAGGAUUGGCCCAGCUCUGAGCCCACUCCCACCUUCUGUCGUGCUGCACUGAAGACCUGGGCCUGUUGGGGGCCCCUGAAGUCUGUGGCCCCAGGAGCGCCCCACUCCCCAGGGCAGCAUGGCUUGGACCUUGGACCUGGGCCCUGCCCACACACCUCAACACUGCGUC